AAAAGCGGGCUUUCGGUCGCAUUUAAGUGGGAAACCACCCAAGCGACGCUUAAAAAUAAUAAUAAUAAUAAUAAUUAAAAAAUAAAAACCUAAAUCCAAUCUACUUCUCCGAGGACUCGUUAAAGGCUGUCACCAUGUCACACAAACAGAUCUACUACUCUGAUAAAUACGACGACGAAAAAUAUGAAUACAGACAUGUCAUGUUGCCCAAGGAUAUCGCCAAGCGUGUGCCAAAGACCCAUUUGAUGUCAGAGUCUGAAUGGAGGAACCUUGGCGUUCAGCAGAGCCAAGGAUGGGUGCACUACAUGAUCCACCAGCCAGAGCCGCACAUCUUGCUCUUCAGGCGCCCCCUGCCAAACCAAAAGUAAUAAAAAAAAAAAAAAAAUAAAAAAAAAAGACUCCACGCCAGAUCGAACCCAAUCCAAGUGACGCCUCAUUCUUACACGUGCAGUAGUCAUCAUGCUGUUGGAUUACAAAGCUCUUGUGCCCUGGUGGUGGGCUUACUUGAAAUGUGGGAAGAUCAUGUCGUGGACUCCAAAGGACUAUCUUGAAAUGAAUUUGAACACCGGGGGGUUGUGAAAGAAUGGAAGGGAAAAAAAAAAAAAAAAAAAAAAUCCACCUCGCUUGUGAGGGGAACAAAAGACUUCUGCACGUUUAUUGUCUGCUUGCCUACUAAUCUUUCUGUCCAAGUUGCCUGCACAUAGUUAUUGUUUUCUCUUACUUACUGGGUCGAGCUCAGAAGAAAAAGCCACAAAGAAAAGUUUGGAUCGUCACUUGUCUUUGUCUGUCAAACGUCACCAUGGAUGUGCGGAGUGACAUGCUGCUGCUGGGUGGAAAUAAAGAUUUCACAGAUUUUU